AUGGGCGAAAUCGAGCUGGAAAAGCUGGGCUUCCAGCCGGCAAGGCUAUCGUUUGGGCGGUCUGCAAAGUCAGCAUCAACAUGGAUCCUCGCAGCAGCCGGACUCUGGGCACUGGUGAGCUCAGUCGGUCGUCUGCGGACCACGACACCGACAGAGUUUGGCUGGACCGACAUUCAGCCGAGUCGCGACCUGAUGUGGCACGCCUGCUAUGGCGGCGAGUUUGAGUGCGCGCGCCUGGACCUGCCGAUGGACUGGGUCGAGCCGUCAGACAGACAGCGGGUGUAUCUGGCCGUGAUCCGGCUACCGGCAAAGACACGGCAAGACUAUCGCGGGCCAGUUUUUGUCAACCCAGGGGGACCUGGCGGUUCUGGAGUCGACUUCCUGGUCGAUCACGGUAAAGAGAUGCAGACUAUUGUUGGCGACAACCAGCCGAAGGACAUGAUCAGCUUCGAUCCUCGUGGAGUGUAUGCCUCAGUCCCACGUGUCGACUGCUGGGGUUCCUCGCACACACGCCACGACUGGGAGCGGACGUCGAUCGAUGUGCUGGAUGCGCAUCCGGGCCUCGUGUACGAGUCGUAUGCGGCAGCGGAUGCCUUCUCGCGCCAGUGCGAAGCCCACAUGAACGCGACCGCACCGGGGCUGCUGGAGCACAUCAGCACGGCGUCACACGCGCGCGAUAUGCUGGCGAUUGCCGAGGCGGCCGGCCAGACGAAGCUGCGAUACUGGGGCAUCAGCUACGGAACUAUCCUCGGUGGCACCUUUGCGGCCAUGUUUCCCGACCGAGUCGAGCGUCUCGUCAGCGACGGCAACGUCGACUAUGCCAGCUGGUAUCGGCUCGACCAGCGCAACUUUUUCGAGGACACCGACUCCAUCAUGGAGGCCUUCUUCCACUUCUGCCACAAGGCCGGGCCCGAUCGCUGCGCCUUUGCUCUUCCGGCCUCGUCAGAUUCGUCGCCAGCUGCCAUCCGGGACCGUUUUUUCACCCUGUUGGCCCAGCUCAAGAUGAAGCCGGUCCUGAUCCCGGCCCACGCCUUUGACACUGCCCGUCAGCUGCCGAUUUUGCCCGAGCUCGUGACUUACGCCAAGCUGCAGGUGCUCGUACGCACCGUGCUCUACAAGCCGUUUUAUGACUUUCCCGCGCUGGCCAAAGCCAUGACCGCACUUGAACAGGGCGAUGGCCGGCCGUUUUACGCCAUGGCCGGCGACGACGAUCUGCUGCAGCCCAAGAUCUGCUCGCCCAACGCCGACGACACCGAGCCUGGCGGCCUCGAGGACGCUGACAGAAACUGGGGCGACGUCUUUUCGGCCAUCACGUGUGCCGACGGCGACGACGUGGCCGACACGCCCGACUCGUUUGCUGACUACGCCGCCGAACUGCAAAACAUCAGCCGCUAUGCCGGCACCGCCUACUCGCACUUUCGCCGUGGCUGUAUCGGCCGCCAGAUUCGCCCGCACUAUCGCUAUGCAGCGCCAUGGCCCGGCUCUCUGCCCAAUACGAGCUUCCCCAUCCUCUUCAUCGGAAACACCGGCGACAAUGUCACGCCGCUGAGCAGCGCCUACCGCAACUCUGCCGUCUUUCCCGGCUCUGUCGUGCUCGUGCAAAAGUCGUGGGGCCACGCCAGCAUGGCUGCUCCGUCCACUUGUACCGCCCAGACCGUCCGGGCCUACUUCCAGGACGGCCAGCUACCGCCAGCCGACACGUACUGCGAGCAGGACUUUGAGCUGUUUGCCGACUCGGAGACCGUCAAGGAUGCCAUGGGAAGUGCCAACGACAUUUCUCGAGCCAUUCGCAAGCUCACCAGCGAGGUGUCGUUGGGCCGCAUAGGGAAGCUAUAG